AUGGUUAAACAAUUGAUUAAGGUGGCGGAAGACCCUACGGUCGGUAGAUAUGUGGCCGCCAACGUGGACUUGGCCGCGUGGCAAGUGGCGCUGGUCGAGCGGCCGCUGAUUCGUGGCCCAUCGCAGGUCACCGGGCCCGUAUGUCUGGGAUGCCUGAAAUCGAUUACCGCCGACUCGGCGGUGAUGUGCGAACGGUGUGGUUGGCCGAUGUGCUCGGACAGCAAGUGUUCGGACGACGAAUGGCACAAGGCCGAAUGUGACUGGACCGUGUUGCGGAGGAAACAGAAGGUGGAGAUCAAAGACUUCACGAAUCCGCAUCCCAGCUAUCAGUCGAUCACGGUGAUCCGGUGCCUGUACCAGAAGCACAACAACCCGGAAGUCUGGGCCAAGUUGACCAAACUGGAAUCACACUGCGCCAGUCGUCGCGGCGGGUCCAAAUACGAGGCGGACCGCGUAUGGAUUGCGGACUACUUGCGUAGGUUUUUCAAACUGGACCCGGAAGAGUGGCCGGUCGAAGAGAUACUACGGGUGUGCGGGAUCGUGCAGGUCAACGGGCACGAAGUGCCUCUCACCGAUCCUCCGUACGUGGCCAUCUACGACACAGGAUCGAUGCUGGAGCACAGCUGUGUGCCUAACUGCUCCAAGACGUUCACGCGCGACGGUCAUCUGUUGAUCAGGACCGCGGCCGCGGCCGUCGAGAGUGGCGGACACCUGUCCAUAUCGUACACGGAUGUACUUUGGGGCACCGCGCAGCGGCUUGCCCAUCUCGCUGACACGAAGUUCUUCGUCUGCAAGUGUCCCAGGUGUUCCGACCCCACGGAACUCGGAACGUACUUUAGCGGAGUCAAGUGCGCAACUGAGGACUGUAUGGGCUACGCGUUGCCAAAUGUACAUCCGUCUACCGACGACCCGUUCGACGUCGAAUGGUCAUGCAACUUUUGCUCCACGGUUGCAGAUCCGAACCAGAUCGAACUCACGCUGUCCCACGUGGGCCGAGAUAUGGCAGCGAUGAACCGCCGCGACCCGAAUCAUUGUUGUAUGUUUCUUGACCACUACGUAUCGGCCGGAAACUUGCACCCCAACCACUAUUACUUCACUGAAGUCCGUCUGAAUCUGGCGCAACUCUACGGGCAGCUGGAAGGGCAUCCACUGGACACGCUGUCCACGGAACAACUAAGUCACAAGCGAGAACUGUGUCUAAAAGUCUUGAAAGUAGCGGACGUGUUGUUUCCUGCCGAAUGCCGAAUACGGGGCGCCCUGAUGUUCGAGUUGCACGCCAUAAUGGCAGAAGACGCCAGGAGAUCCCAGCAAGACACCAAUGUCGUAAUGGAGGCUCUAUUGAGGUCCAAGUUUUAUCUGGAACAAGCUGACAAUUUGUUGAAAUACGAACCCAAAGAAUUACCCGAAGGUCAAAUGGCUGCCCAGUGCAAACAAAAUGCGAUAGAUUUGGACUUAUUGCUAAAAAAAUUACACGAAUCGAUUGGCAGUGUACCCAUGUAAUGAUUGUUUUUUGAAGAUUUUUAAAGAGACUUUUUUAAACAUCAAAAUUGCAUGAUAUUAUUGUAAAUUCAACAUAAAUAAUAUUAUUUAUU